AUACACGUGUGUUUCGAAUCCCACGCGAUACACAUGUACACACAGCAGUUCGUCGAUAGACGCGCAUAGCUACGCACGAUUCGAAAUUUCGACUUCGGAGUUCGGUUCCUGCAUCGUCGCGCACAGCAGUUAGUUAGUUAGUUAAGUGACUUUCACGCAGCAGUAUAAAACCACAUGUCUCUCGGAUUAAGACACGAACACGUGCGCGUACGUAUAGUGGCGUUUGAUGAUAUAUUAUAAAUUAUAAAAUCGAUUUGUGAUCGCGGAAUUGAUCAUACGCAAUUUGUUAUACAAUGUGUGUCUACGCGUAAUUCGAUCUUCCUCUGUUGUUUUUUUUUUGUUUUUCUCUUCGAUUCUUGUCGAGUGUUUUGUUUUAUAUUUUUACAAUUGAAUGUAAGUGGGUGUCGAGAUAAAGCGAAACGAAACAAAAUCGUUAUUUAUUAUAUUAAUAUAUCAAUAACUUGAAUCGAGUGCGUAUACGUGGCCGCCCACGCACGAAAAAAACGGAUUGAUGCAAGCUCGAACUGGAGAACGCUCGGACAAUUUUUGACUUUCACUUUUCUUCGUUUUCGUGCGGUGCGCUGCCAAGACAGAAGUACAUACACACACACACACACGUGCACUUGACACUUUGGUUAUACCACGAAUCUUGGCGCUUCGCAGUUGAAUACUUACGCUUUAUUUUUUUUACUAUAUAUAUAAAUGCUUAUAUACAUAUAUCAACAAAGAAAGAACCGACGGUCCGCGCGUAGCACAGCGUCUUUAUCAUCGGAUUAUUAAUAAAACAGCGGCAGCGUCUCCGCUCGAGAUAAAAUAAUAUAUAUAUACACAAGCCGAAGCGAAGAUUCGUCAUCGAAAAAAGAUUGUUUUGACAAAAAAUCUCGCAUCAGCACACACACACACACACGCACUUACACACCAUGGCCCAAGCAGCGGUACAGCCGUAUCCGUCGCACAGCAAGUACAAGCCGAGCCUCGAGAUCGUCGCCGAGGGAUUCCAGCGGAUCAGGCACGUAGCGGCGUGCGGCGCCGAGGGCAGCUUCGUCACGGCCAGCGACCGCAAGGACUUGUGCUUCUGGAAAGGGCCGAACUACGAGAAGACGCGCGUGCGGAUGCUGGGUAUCGAAGGCGACGUCAACUCGCUCUGCUAUCUUCAGCCGACCUCGCAGAAUCCGCUUGGCUACGUGGUGGUGGGCUGCUCGGAUCGCAGCCUCUCGAUCUACGUAGCCGGUGAGUCGAAACCCCAGCAGAGUUACAGCAAGGUGGCCGUGAAGGAGGUCAGAGGACUGCGCGCGAGCUGCCACAAGCCGGGCCUCGAGUUUCUCUGCUGCGAUGGGGACCAAGCCAAGCUCUGGAAUCUGACGGAGCUCCGGGAGAAGAGGGAUCAGCCCUCGGUGACUUACGAGGCUGGUCUCGAAGUGACAUGCUGCGUGGACAGUCCGGACGGUCAGCGGGUGAUCGCGGGCGCGCGGAACUCGCAGCUGCUGGUGUUCGAGCGAGCCAGCGGAAAGCUGGCCAUGGUGCUGAUGGGACACGAGGGUCCGCUCAACGACCUGGCCAUGCUCCAAGGAGGCUGCCAGGAGUUCUUGUCCUGCGGCUCGAACGACCCGUCCAUACGUCGCUGGAACUUCGAGACCGGCAAGAUGCUGCAGGUCUAUAGGAAGCACAACGACGAGGCCUCGGUGCGCUGUCUCGCCCUGGCCCAGGGCGGCGCCGUCGUCGCCAGCUGCGGCACGGAUCGCACUCUGCGCCUGUGGCGCGGUGGCAAAUUCGCCCAGACCAUCGCGGUGCCCGUGGAGGGCGAGGUCUGGUGCUGCGAGCUACUGCCGGGCACGGGUGACCUCGUCUGUGGCGCCGGUGACGGCAUCCUGAGGCUGUUCACCGCCGAUCCCAAGAGGUACGCCGCAAAGGAGCUGGUGACCAAGUACGAUACCGAGCUGAUCGGUAUGGUGAAGGAGAAGUGCACCAAGAGCAACAACGAGAAAGAAAAACAGCCCUUGGAGGAGCUGAUUCAACCGGGCGCCGCAGGCGGCCAAACGAUUAUCAUCAACGAGGGCUCGGGCGAGAUCAACAGCUACACGUGGUGCGAUCACAACAACAAGUGGCACCGCAUAGCCGAGGUCAUGGAGACGGUCGACGAGAAGACGCCCGACGGCCGCACUAUAUUCGAGGGCCGCGCCUGGGACCACGUGCUGCCCGUAGCGAUCGGUAAGAACGCCCCGCCCAACGCCAGGGUGGCCUUCAACGACGGCGACAAUCUGGACGUGGUGGCGCGUCAAUUCGUCCGAAGGUACGGCCUCGAUCGGGACAAGAUCCCGGAGGUACUCCAGUUCAUUCGGGCGAGCAUAGGCGCGCGAUCGGUGCUCGACGGCCGAUCCGGCCAGGAGCUGUUUCAGCAGCGGGGCGAGAGUCGCGUGGUGCCGCGCAACAAUGUCGUCACGGGGGAGCAGUACUUGCCCCAGAAGCAGUACGUGAAGAUGAAGGCCGUCCAGCUGGCCGGUAUAAUAGACAGAAUACUCGAAUUCAAUCGCGAGUGCAUACCGACCUUCCCGAUCGACAAGCUCGUCUGCCAGAACAACUCCGUCACCAUCGAAGACAAAGCCAAGAAGAAGCUCGUGGUCAAUCAGAUCUUUGAGGUGGCCUCGCGCUGGCCCGCGCACAAAGUCUACCCGAUCCUGGACCUGGCUCGACUCAUCGUGCUCGACAAAGAGACGAACGAGCUGAUGUACGCCGAUCCCUGGAAACUGCUGGAAUUGCUCAGGCGAUUCUUGCCACCAAAGUCCGAUGAUACUGCUGCUACUACUACUGGUGGCCCCGCUCGGAUGCUCGUGCUGCGUUUACUCGCCAAUUCGUUCGUGGAAGAGUGCGGCGAGACAUUUUUCAGUCACUAUUUCGAGACUGUGAACAGUCUGAUUCGUGAUACGGAGAUCGGCGGAAGACACGUCGAGAUCGCAGCCGCGACGUACGUCCUUAACGCGGCCGUGGCCGCCAGCGCGACGGACGAUCCGGCGGGCCAAUGCAACGCCUUCAGCCUGGCCAUGCGGCUGAUGAAGGACACGCGCGACCCCGAGGCCAGGUUCCGGCUGCUCGUGGCGCUGGGCACCCUCCUCGCCGAGAUCAUGUGCGAGCAGCAGCACGAGAACUUCGUCGCCACGCUGAGGAUGAGCGAGGACUUCUUCGGCUUUCUCGCCGAGGCGCUGAGCGCCCCCGAGCCCCAGAAGCUAUCCAAGGUCGCGCUCGAAGUCAAGAAUCUCGUUUACGACUGUUAGUCGUCGGGGGGUGCGAUACGGAUACGGACGUACGAAGGGGAUGGACUGUGAUUUAGGCGUACAAUUUUACGAGACUGACGUAGGGAUACUGUUGCUUUGUAUAGAGAUUUAUUGUUAAUUAAGAUGUAAGGCAUGUACGGGAUUUGUCUUUUACAAAGUGAACUGACUUUUCGAAGAAACGUGUAAAUAUGUAUAUAUUCAUGUAUCUUUAUCCUUCGAUACUAUUUGAAGCUUCCCGUUGAAAAACUGAAAUUUUGAAUGUAUGGAUGGAUAGGUGACGACGUAAACACAACGUUUUUUUUUGUUAUUUUUAAGUUAAAAAGAAAGUUAUAUUUUUGUUUUGUUGAGUGCUGUUUUAUCUUUAUCAUAUACAUAUUUUAUGUACAACGAAGAUUUUACAAAAUAAAUGCACGAUUUUCAUAAUAACCGUUUUAUUUCCUAUUUGAUUGAGACUUCCUUCCUUUUUUUUAACACAGUAAACAUUCACUCGUGGAUAAUUUUUCACAAUCAACAAACAACGAUUUGUCUCUGGAUUAUAUAAAUAGUCAUUAUCAUUUUUUGUAUUUUCUAUUUCUUUGAACAACGAUUUGAUGUUGGUCAAUAAAAUUCAUCGGUCUUUCUUUUAAGAUUAUUAUAAUAAGUUCAUCGUCGCGUAUAUAUAUAUAAUAUCGAUGUGUUUCACAAAAACGACGUUUAUUAAUUUUUUUGUUUACUAUUUUAAAGGGUAGUGUCGGCUAUUUUUCACGGCUUUUUUUGCAACAAUUUAUUUACCUUAUUAUUUUGUAAUAGCCUAUUGUUUAUUCAUGCAAUGGGUUAUUGGAAAAAUAUAUCAUAGGUAUAUACGUUUUCACUCGAAUGUCGUUAUUUUUUUUUCGUCACCCUUGUAAAAAAAUAAAGUCAUCUUUCCUCUCUGCUUUUACAUUU